GAAGAUCUUUCGCAUCCUUCGUGUGUUGUGGCACCUCACUCGUCAUCCUGUCGUCUCCUCGCGUCUUUCGUCUCGGCAUCCUUCUGUCCUUUGCUCUCAUCCGCAUCCCAGCCCUUCGCUUAAUCGGCAGCAGCAGCAGCGGCCGCAAACCAGCCUCCCUCUCAUAUUCGCAUCAAAGAUCAAAGAUGCCUCCCUCUCUCUCAUCUGACGAGCGCGAGAGCCGGCCCUUCGACGUGAUUGUCUGGGGAGCCACCGGCUUCACCGGCAAGCUGCUCUCGGCCUACUACGCCAAGACCUACGGGCCAUCCGGGCAUUCGGUCAAGUACGCCCUGGGCGGUCGGAGCAAGACCAAGCUCGACAAAGUAGUGGAAGACAUAGCCGAGAAGUUGGGCGACAAGAUGAUCAAGAACACGCCGCUGGUCAUCGGCGACGCGAGCGACAAGGCCUCGAUGAUCGAGGUGGCCAAGCAGACGAGGGCCGUCGCAUCCGUCGUGGGACCCUUUGCCCAACACGGAGAGGUAAGGGACAUGAGACAGACAGGAGCUCAUGGCUGUUGAGGUUAUGUAUGUAUGUAUGUGUGUGUGGAUGCAGCCGUUGGUGGCGGCGUGCGCCGAGGCGGGCACUCACUACGUGGACAUCACCGGCGAGUUCACCUUCAUGCGCAAGAUGAUUGUCAAGUACUCCUCGGUGGCCGAGCAGAAUGGCGCCAAGAUCGUCCACGCCUGCGGCUUCGACUCGGUGCCCUCGGACAUGGGCGCAUUCAUGGUGGGUCACAGUGACUGCCACAGACACACACACACACACAUAUACCUCUCUGGCCGGCCACACACCUCUCUCGUGUCGGUGUAUACGACUGACAGGUGCAAUCCUUCGCCAAGGAGAAGUUCGGCCGUCCGUGUGAGUCCGUGCUGCUCUACAUGAUGGACGCUGCGGGGGGGUUCAGCGGCGGCACCCUCCACUCGCUCAUGGGGAUGUACGAGGCGCCCAAGGAGGAGCAGCAGCGGUACGCCUCCAAGGACUACCUUGUGGCACCCAAGACAGAAGACGCACUCGAUUUGCCGCCCAGCAAGUACGAAAGAGGCCCGAAGUGCGUGUGGGUGGAUGGGCAUUCAUCCCUCGUCCUUGGCCUGUGUGUGUGUGUGUGUGUGUGUGUGGUGUGUGGUCAGGGAAUGGUUGCUGGCUGGCACCAAGUUCCAGUGGGACGAUGACAUGCAGGUCUACACCGCCCCAUUCGUCAUGGCAGGCGUCAACGUCAAAGUCGUGCGGUCAGAAACACGACGCACACCACAUAAGACGACGACAGGCGAGCAUCCACUCUGUGUGUGUGUGUGUGUGUGUGUGUGCAGACGCACGGCAAGUCUGCUCAAGGAGCUGUACGGUGAGGAGUUCAGCUACGACGAGUGCGCGGGCAUCAAGAACCGCCUGGCGGCCAACGUGGCACUGGGCGCUUUCACGGCCAUGGAGUACCUCAACAGCUUCACCAUCGUCCGCUCCAUAGCCAAGCGACUCGUGCCACAAGGUGACCUACAAGGCCUCCACCAGCACACACGUCGUCAAUGAAUGUCUCCCUCCUGUCUGUUGGUUGAUGUGCAGGUUCUGGUCCGAGUGAGAAGGUCAUGACCAGCGGCUAUUUCGACGCCAGAGUCGUCGGCAAGACCAAAGACGAAAACGGGGUCAUCCGCAAAGUCGUCGCCACAGGUCUGACAAUGCACACACACAGAGAGAGAGACAGAGAGAGAGGGGGACACCAGAUCAUCCGUCUGUGUGUGUGUGUGCGAUGAUCGAUCAGUGGGCAGCAAGCUCGGCGACCCUGGGUACAUGGAGACGGCCAAGAUGGUGGGCGAGAGCGCCCUGUGCGCCGCACUGGACGGCUCCACCACCCCGUCCACCUACGGCGUGCUGACCCCCGCCACCGCAUUCGGCGACGCACUCAUCAAGCGGCUCAGGAACGCUGGCAUGACAUUCGACGUGGAAGAGCUGGGAGCAGGUAGACGAGACGGCGACACACACACCGUUCUGUUGUUGGCAACAAUUUGAUGGUGUCGGUCUGUUUGUGUGCGUGUGUGCAGCUGAGGCGCCCCCAACCAGCGCGUAAACGACCUGCGAGCGAGGGAGAGGGGAGAGUGUGUUAG